CGACGACGACGAGCCAAGGACUCCAAACGCAAUCGAACGAUUGCCACGGCUCAACGUGUGUGUGUGUGUGUGUGUGUGGCUGUGUGGACUGCUACUGCUCCAGUAUAUUUAAACCGCACUCAGCCCGCUCCAUCGCACGCCCGCCCUCUCUUGGCCCGCCGGAAAAUUGCCACCCUUUUGGAAAUCAAAUAUACACUCACACAGCCCCACAGCAACUCGACUACCAAGCGUCGGCAGUAGGGCAAGUACCCAAACAGACAGACAGGACCAGUCGGUGCAGUUGCACACGCUGCUGCUGCUGCUGCACCGUUUCCGUAGCGUUGCGAGGCGUUAAGCUGUUGGGCGGCCUUGCCUACCUACCAGGCGCAUCCAUCGAGCUCAAGCGCGUGCGGUAGUGGUGUGUGUGUGUGUGUGUGUGUGUGUGUGUGUGUGUGUGUGUAUGAUUAGUGAAGCUUUUCCGAUCCGGUGGAUUUGAGUGGAAACGAAGUCGAGAGAGAGAGAAACAAAACCACACACACUAAACGAGAUAAACGAACACAGGCUACGACAAGACAAGCAUCCCAAGACAAGAGUAGCUGAUUGUAUGUGCGUGUGUGUGCGUGCAUCAGUGUGUGUGUGUGUGUAUGUGUCUGUGAAGCCACGUGGGGGAAAGAAUGACCGUGAUGUUGGUGGCACUUGCAGCCGUUAGUAACGCAGCGUUUGAGUCCGUUCAAAACAACGCUCGCAGCGCGGCGCACUGAGUGCAGUGAGACGCAAAAGUGUUCCGUCGCAAUUUUUGCACGACCGUGUUUUUGUGUUCCGGACCUGUGACGCCGCUGGACCAGAGACCAGACCAGGCCGUCUUGCGCUCGAUCAGCCGCAUCAGCGUACCAGCCCCGUGACCGUUACGGGACCUCACGGCCUCGAACCUUUAAAAGGCAUCAUGUCAGCAAUCAAACACUAUACUGCACGCCUUACCAAUCAACCCGUAAGCGGCACCGGUACACAAUCAAACGCCCGUCGCCGACGAGCCACUAAGCGGCUGCAGCGGCUAGUGUCACGUUCCGAUCGGCCGCCUAGCGGGCGCGAUCGUACCAACACCACCACUACGAAGCAGUCCGAAUCAAAGACGGACGCACCGUCAGAGUGUCGCCCUCGCCUAGCCCGUAGUGGUGGUGUAACGCUGCCCAAGUGACGCAGAUGCGUAGUAGUCCAAAUCCGUCAUAUCCUCAGCGUCACAGAGUAGUGCGUGAUCGCCUGUAUCCCGUAAUCGGUUACUCUCUACAGCAUAGUCUCAAUAGCUUUGCGGCCCGAGUUGCAUCCGUAACAGUAAUAGUAGCAGUAGUGGUCCAGUUUGAUACCCAGUUUGAUACUCAAUCUCUAGUUGCAAUGUAGUGCUACCACCAUCCGCUUUCGGUGGACGUCUUUCUCAAAAAAAGAGUAAUCUAAGCUUAACGAACACAAAGUAAAACCGCAAUAUCUUCAAACCUCGUAGCUCGUAAUAUCCUAUCGACAUAUACAUAGACUCGCCUAUUCCCAAAUAUUCAAAAACGACUCAUACGCGUACGCGUGUGUGUGUGUGUGUGUGUGUGUGUGGUGUACUGUGGCGCUGUGCGAGCGCUUUGGUUCUUGAACUCUGUCCAAGUCUUCAAGCGCCGUCUUGGGUGGAAGUAGUAGUCGCUGGUUGCAGCGUACAGUUUAAGGCCCAGCGCGCUCGCCAUCUUGUCUCCAACCGCACCACCGCAGCAGCAGCAGCAUCGGACUUGUUCAACAUGGCUUCCUCACCGGCACUUCCACUGUACGCGAGCCGCUAUCCGACGCCGAACGGAUACCCGCAGAUCAACGGGGAGGUCGACGCGCCGCUCGACUUUCGCAAGGUGGAAUCGCUACGCAGGAACAGCACCGACACCGGCAUCAUGGACCAGCAAUACUGUCUGCGCUGGAACAAUCAUCAGUCUAACUUAACCACCGUGCUCACCACGCUCCUACAAGAUGAGAAACUGUGCGACGUCACGCUCGCCUGCGAGAAGGGCAUGGUCAAAGCACACCAAGCGAUCCUGUCCGCCUGCAGCCCGUACUUCGAGCAGAUAUUCGUCGAGAACAAGCAUCCCCAUCCGAUCAUCUAUCUGCGCGACGUGGAGGUGAACGAGAUGCGCGCCCUGCUCGACUUCAUGUACCAGGGCGAGGUGAACGUGGGCCAGCACAACUUGCAGAACUUUCUCAAGACGGCCGAAAGUUUGAAGGUACGGGGACUGACCGAAAGCAGUGCCGACCGGUAUUCGGCCGAUACGGACAGCAAGCUGCGCUCGGAGCGGAUCCGGGACUCGCGGGACGAGCGCGACUCGCUACCAAACGCAUCCAGCAACAACAGCAACAACAGCAACAACAAUAACAACAGUAGCAGCAACAACAACAACAACACGAUCAGCAGUAACAACAACAACAACAACUCCCUGCACCAUGGGCCGCUGCGCGACAAGGAGCUGACCGAGCACGAACAGCUCGAGCGGCUUCAGCAGCAGCAGCAGCAGCAGCAAACGCACCACCACCAACAGCAGCAGCAUCCGUCGUCGCACCAGCAACAGUCGCAGCAGCAUCCGUCGUCGCAGCAUCAGCAACCGACGCACCAAACGCACCAUCACCACCAUCACCAUCAGCACGGUGGGGGUGGCGGUGGCGGCGGCGGCGGCGGCGGUGGAGGCGGCGGUAGUGCCGGCCCGGUGCAGCAACCGUCCCGGAGCGCGAGCAUCGAUCUGAUGCAGUCGGCGCUGGUGGACGAGCGCGACUAUCUGGCGGCGGAGGAUCGCGAGAUCAGCACGGUAGAGAAUAAGAAGAAGCGCAAAAUGUCCACCACCUGUGAUAACUCAUCGCCCUCGACGCCGUCCCUGAUGAACGAACGGCAAGGGGGGUACGAAUCGCAGGCCUCGUCACACAGUAGCUUCAAGCAGAGCCCGAAACCGGAGGACGAGUUUAAGGUGAGCUCGCCGGCCCCGGUCCAUCCGCUGGCGGGCCAUCCGCUGAGCGGCAUCAAGCAGGAACUGCCCGAGCUGCCGGUGCGCCAUUCGCUGUCCUCCGAGCUGAUGCAGCCUAUACCGAUCAACAUGAACGCGGACGAUAUGAACAAUAUCCUAGCACCCGGCAACAUGGGAUCGCUCAACGAGAGCGGUGACAGUGACGCCCACCUGUCACAUCCGGAUCAUCCAGACAAUAUCGAUGGUGACCGUAUGUUGCGUCUAGCGAUGGCGUCACGUCACCACCAUCAUCGUGCCGGUUUGCAUCAUCACGAUCUCGCCUCUGGAGUGGUUGUGAAUGCCGUUUUGGCAGCCGGAGGAGGAGGAGGAGGAAGCGGCUGCGUUAAUGGGAGCCGCACUGUUGGCGCAGGAGGCAUGGCAGGAGGAGGCAGUGAUGGGCCAGAGUAUGAAGGUGCAGGUCGCGGUGGGGUAGGGUCAGGGCUAGGAGGAGGAGGAGGAGGAGGAGGAGGUAGGGCGGUAGGAGGAGUAGGUGUGACGGGAGCAGAGAAACAGCAGCAGAACCGCAGCAACCAUCACCGGACCACCGAGCAGGCGGAUCGUGAGGCGGGCGUAUGUGCCGCAGGAGGAGGAGGAGGAGGAGCAGGACCAGCAGCAGCAGCAGGUGUAGGAGGGUUAGGGUGCGAUAGUGGUGCGGCAGCAGCGGCGGCAGCAGCAGCAGCAGCGGCCAGUAUGCUUGGCUUCAGUGGCGUUCCGCUUCCGCUCGGCGGCAGUAGUAGUCUCGUCGAGUCGCUGGUCGAACAUCACCGCCUGGCUGCGAGCCUAGGAGGAGGAGGAGGAGGAGCAGUAGGAGGCGGGAGUGGAGCUGGCGGUGGGGCAGGCAGCUCAGGAGGUAGUGGAGGAGGUCUCGCGAACGGGUCACCGUACGGUGGAGGAGUGCAUCAUCUGUCCCACCAUCAUGGUGGUGCCGCGGCCGCCACCGGUCACCACCAUCAUCAGCACCACGCCGCACCGCACCACCAUUCCCUGCAGCAGCAGCAUGCGAGCAGUGCCUUCAACAGUGCCGGCGAUGCCCGCUCGGGAGUGGCGGUAGCGGCAGCGGCCGCCGCAGCAGCAGCCGCCGCGGCGGCAGCCCUCAACUCCGGUGGUGGGCCGCCGCCGGAUGGCAGCGGCAGCGGCAGCCGGUGUAGCAAACCAUCCGUCACGUCGACGACCCCACCGACACCGGCGUCCCUGUCGUCGUCCUCGUCGUCCUCAUCCUCUGCCUCCUCGACGUCACUGUGCGGGGGUAAUGGCGGUGGAGGCGGCACAGGGGCAUCCGGUGGUGGCUUUCUCAUCACCGGUGACCCAUCCGACACCAUAGGUCCUGGAGGUGGAGGAGGAGGAGCUGGCGGUCCACUCCGUGGUAGUAGCGGUGGUGCCGGUGGUGGCGGCAGCAGCGGCGCCGGCGGCAACGGUGGCACUUCCGGCGGUGGAUCAAGCACGACGCGGCGCGAUCACAACAUCGACUACUCGUCGCUGUUCAUACAGCUGACCGGCACCUUCCCGACGCUGUACAGCUGCGUCAGCUGUCACAAGACCGUCUCGAAUCGGUGGCACCACGCAAACAUACACCGGCCCCAGAGCCACGAGUGUCCGGUGUGCGGGCAGAAGUUCACCCGGCGCGACAAUAUGAAGGCUCACUGCAAGGUGAAGCACCCGGAGCUGAGGGACCGCUUCUACAACCACAUCGUACACAUGUGAUUAAGCGCCGCCCGAAACAAGCAGCGGCUGAAGUAUAAGAAGAACCUGUUCGUGUAAAGCGUGGUCGCUCGCUCUCUCUUUCUCUCUCCAUGCACAACCACCGUCUUCACACUCACUGGGGUAGGUCCUUAAACACGAGUCGCUCGCGCACACACACGAGCCAAAUGAUUUUCCUCUGCUCACGUGCGUGAGUGUGUUGUAGGAGAUGUGCAUGGCUCAGCCGUUGUUGAGAAAGGAUUGACUGCUCUACACAUAUUAUUGCAGCAGCAGUAGCGCGCCAUCCGAGCGAGUUGAUUGACACAUACCGUAUACCGGACCCCAUUUUUCCUCCCACAGUAUGGAUGAUAUUUAUAUACGCAUACAACAUUCAUACCAACGUAGUAUUGCCUUCAUGUCUUGAGGUUAGACAUUUUACAUACGAUGAGCAUAUAUAUAUAUACAUAUAACUAUAUUGUCGAUGGUGGACGUGUGUGGAUAGAUCGCUACGUCAUAGAUGAGGCCUGCAAUAGGAUUGUUUCCGUUCGCAGCACAUCGCGCCUGUAGUGUGAUGAUCGCAUACUCCUCCUAUAUCUUGUAUGGUAAAAAUGUGCAUUUUGGAGUAUAUAUAUAUAUAUAUAUUUAAUGACAUGGACAACACGUACUUUCAUUGAAGGGAGAUGACCAUUAUUUCCAGCAGCGCUAGACAGGGCAGGAUCUUCUGUGCUGCUAAACGUUAUGGUUUUAAACAUCGUGAAAGGUGCAACAUGAGAAAGAUAGACAGAGAGAGACAGACAGAGAGACGAUAAAGGAGUGAAUUAAAAGGAUUGAAGAGAAUUAAAGGGCGGAGGAGGAGUAAUUUAUACUAACAAAAAUUCAAACCAAGCACUCGAGAGGUCUCGGACAUACCAGGCUUCUGUAUUAACAUUCUUGGUCCUCUGGUAGGCCAUAGCGUUGGAAAAGAAAAGUGCUAGUUGGUGCUAAAAAGUAACUAAUCUCGUGUUAAAAGCACAAAUGUGCUGCAAAUUGCAUACCUUCCGAAGUGCAGUAAUUAUUGUAGCAGUUUUGUUAGGUUCCAUUAGAGAUAAAAUCAGUUCAGCUUGCUUGUUUAAUGUUGCGUAAUGUUCUCACCUGUUCAACGGAUUUGUAGUUAUAUCUUUUUCUCGAUCUCUCUCCAGUGUCUUGUCUCUUUCUCAUGUUCGCUUCCGCACCUAGCUAGUUCAUUACGGGCAUUAUAUUGAUCCCUUUCCGUUAUACGUUUAUGCGUUAGUCCAAUGCAUUUAUCUGUCCUAGCAUAUGCACAAGGGAAGGUUUGUAGCGAUUACGCGUCGACCCCUAUCACUGGGUUUUGCUGCAUAACACUCCCCCACCUUGUACGGAUCUGUACGCGCGGCCUCUUCCAUACUUAUGGCCCAAGAAUCGGGCGGUGUGUGCGCUCUCUCCAUUUCCCCCAAUGCGCUACUCUUUCGAAUCCGUAGCGGUGUCGUUGUUGUUUGCCUUUCCGUUGCACGUUUCCUUCUCCCUCCACACUGUGGUGUCUGUUCGGGUGCGGGCGUGCGCCAUGUUUGUCUUGGGUAAUGUGUUUAAGUUCAAAAUUGAAAGAAUCCAAUUUACAAACCAAAUGUAGUACUACAUAUUACAGCCCGGAAAUAAGAGGAGCCAUUUAGUAAAACACUUACGCUCAGGCUAUUAUAGUGUGCUUCGCGGUUUAGGAUUAGACAAGUUGACAAGUUUUUUAGAAAUGAGCCAGUAUCUUACAGGAACAAAACAAACACACAUAGGAAGUAUAAUGCAGCCAAUUAUAUUAAACUAUAUACACAUUCAAGACACCGAAAGUAAAACGGAAAACAGUAACCAGACAGAAGAAAUAAGAAAAAAACAACAACAACAACAAGGAACUGUAGAAAUAUCUACAAAAACCUAUACAUUUAUAUUUUUAUAUGAUAUGGAAACUAUAUUUAUAUGCGUAGAUGGCCCUCCCCCGGUAAAAAAGAAGAAAAAAAAAAAGAAAAAAAAAAUAGUGAACUUGCAAUAGUAAUGUCGAUUGCGUAGUUGAUAGAUUUAUAGAGACAAUUUAAACAAAUGUAUUAACAAUAACAACUAUAACUAUAACUAUAAUCCCAAAAGCAAGACAAGUAAAAAGAAGACGUGAAACACAACAAUGCCAGCCCAAUGAAAAAGAGAAAAAAAAA